ACUUUUAGCAGGUGCUUUGUUUUUCAUUUUCGGUGAUUAUUUUUCAAAACACGUGGUCAAAUUUACUUUUAUAAUAUAAAUUAAAUAAACAUGGGAAAAGUAAAACAAGAACCAGUAGAGCAAGAAGACAACGUAAAUGUUAUCAUCAAAACUGAACUGCAAAGUUACGAUGACAAAGUUGAACAUUGCAGUGUAAUUGCGAAGCCGAUGGCGCCUAAAAAAUUAAGCAAAAAAAUAUAUAAACUCAUCAAAAAGUCUAGUGGUCAUAAGAAUUUCAUAAGGAAUGGACUAAAAAUUGUUCAAAAACAGCUAAGGUUGGGUGAAAAAGGAAUGGUUUUCUUUGCUGGCGACAUUUCACCAAUAGAAAUCAUGUGCCACCUACCAGCGGUUUGCGAAGAGAAGGAUGUACCGUACUGCUACACUCCCAGCAGGAGAGACAUAGGAGCGGCCAUGGGGACAAUGAGAGGAUGUAUAAUGGUUCUAGUAAAAGAACACGACGACUACAAGGACUUGUAUCAAGAAGUGAGAGAUGAAAUUAAGCACCUUGGACAUCCACUAUAAAUGUUAUUUUUAAGUAAAAUAAGUAUAGUUAAGUUAGUCAUUAACAAACAGUUUUUUUAUAAGUA